AUGUCAACCAACAUCAUAAAAAGCUAGAGCGAUACUAGAUAAUACAAGCACAUAACCUUGGCCAACAAGAUGCAAAUUCUAAUGGUCUCAGACCCUGAGGCUGAUAAGUCAGCUGCAUCAUUAGAUGUAAAAGUUGGAUGCUCUCUAGAUCCAAAGCCACUGUAUGGAACUGCUCACUUCCUUGAACACAUGCUCUUCAUGGGAACUGAAAAAUAUCCUUCAGAAAAUGAGUAUACCGAGUUUAUUAAGAAUAAUGGAGGCAGUGAUAAUGCUUUUACCUCUCUCACAGACACUAACUAUUACUUCGAUAUCUCAAAUGAGGCUUUUGCUGAGGCUCUUGAGAGAUUCUCUCACUUUUUCAAGAAGCCAUUACUUGGAGAAUCUUCAACUGAAAGAGAAAUGAAGGCAGUAGAUUCAGAGUUUAACCAAAGUUUGUAAAGUGAUGCAUGGAGAUACUUUGCAGUGAUGCAAGAGAACUGCAACCCUGAAGGACUCUUAAACAGAUUUAACUGUGGUAACUUAGAGUCAUUGAAGCAAGAUGGCAUAAGAGAUGCACUUCUAGAAUUCCACAAGAAGUGGUAUUCAGCCAAUAUCAUGAAGCUAUGUGUUGUUUCAAACAAAAGCAUCGAUGAACUUGAGACUUUAGUCAAUGAACUUUUUAAUGAGGUACCAAAUCAUGAUGUUGUUGUUCCAAAUCUUGGUGAGCCAGCUCCUUUACUCCCAAGUGACCUUGGUCAGCUAUAUAAAUUUGUUCCAGUUAAAGAUAAGGAUAUUUUGAAUCUUUAUUGGGUUCUUCCAUAUUCUUAAUUAGAGCAUAGAUCUUAGCCAUUGAAAUAUUUCUCUAACUUGUUCGGCCAUGAGGGUGAAAACUCAAUCUUGUCCUACCUUAUCUCAGAAGGUCUUGCUUUAGAGUUAUCAUCUGGAUAUGAUCACGAGCUUUGGAACUUCAGUUGUUUUUAUGUAGAUAUUACUCUCACCAGAAAGGGCUUAGAAAAUGUUGAGAGAGUCAUUGAAUCAGUAUUCACUUAUGCUCACAACAUCAAGGCCAAAGGUGUCUAAGAUUACAUCUUUGAUGAGAUUAAGAGAGUAGGUGAAAUCAACUUUACAUUUGCUGAUAAAUCAGGACCCUAGAGAUACGCUUUAAGAUUAGCAGGGAAAAUGCAGACAUUCGAAGGGGAUGAUUUACCUUACAUCUUGCAGCACAGUUAUAUUGCAGAUGUUUUCGACAAACCAAGAAUAGAAUAAAUGCUUGAUCUAAUGCUAGACUACAAAAAUCUCAACAUUUUUAUCAGAUCAAAAUCAUUAGAAUCAAUAUGCGAUAGAGAGGAUAGAUGGUAUAAAACUAAAUACUCAAGAUAGUCAUUCUCAGAGGAAAUGAUUAGAAUAAUAAGUAGUCCAAAUGUUCCAAUCAAUAAAAAAUAACUUGAUUAUCCCCCACCUAACAAUCUCUUACCAAAGGACUUGGAUGUCUUAGAGGCAAACCAAGCUCAUUCAGCUAGACCUAUUCUGGUAUAGCAAUGGAAUGAGACUGAUCUAUGGUAUAAAAAGGACGAUAAAUUCAAGAGACCCAAGGCAAUUGUGGAGAUGAAAUUAUACACCAACGAUUGUAUGUUUGGAAGAACUGCUCAUGCUAGAGUGUUUAUUGAAGUCUGGAAUAAUAUGUUGAAAGAGACCCUUAGAGAAUUCAACUAUACUGCUUCAAUGGCUGAAUUGGAAACAACUACUUCUGUUUAUCAUGAUAAUGUUAAUUUCGUUUGGAAUGGCUACAAUGACUCCCUUCCAGUCUUUGUAGUUGAAACUCUUUAAAGAGUGAAAUCCUUCAGAGUUGAAGAUUACAAGGAGACCUUUGACUAAGUCAAAGAGAAGUUGCUUUAAGAAUGGCACAACUUUUACUUAGAGCAGACUUAUAUCCAAGCAUAUUCUAACUUUGAGAAUAUAAUUGUCUCAGGUGCGUAUGAGAAGAGAACAUUGAGAAAUAUUUUAGAAAACUUCACACAUGAAGAUCUAAUUAGUGUAAGCAAAGACUGGCUGAAGUCAGGUAGGACACUGUGGUUCGUGGAUGGCAAUAUCUCCAAAGAUUCAGCCAUAUCAUUGGUUGAAAAAGCAAGAGAAAUUCUUUAGAUCAGACCUGUUGAUAAGGAAGACCUUGUUGACAUCAGAUGUAUCGCUCUUCCAGCUCAGCAAACCCAACUACUAGAGGUGCCAUUAUAAGAUAAGACUAAUGAGAACUCAUGCUUAGUAUCAUAUUUUGAAGUUGGGCUUGAGGCAAAUGAUAUCAGGAAAAAGCUAACUCAUCAAGUUGUUAUGCAAUAUUUGGAUGAGCCAACCUUCAAUUAACUCAGAACAAUCGAAUAACUAGGCUAUGUGGUAUUUGCAAGAUCGUCAUCAUUUAGAGAUGUGAUAGGAAGUAGAUUUAUUGUUCAAUCACCUGGCUAGAGUUGUGAGUACAUCGUUAACAGCCUGAACACCCUCUUGAAUGUCCAAAGAUAAAAGGUGAAGGAACUCUCAGACGAGGAUUUCAAGACUCAGGUCGACUCUGUAAUGACUAAGAUAGCAGAGAAAGACUACAACUUAAAUUCAGAGCACUCAAGACUCUGGGGUGAAAUAUCAACACACAAAUAUGUCUUUGAUAGAUAAGAGAAGGAGAUUGAAAUCCUUAAGACUUUAACUAAGCAAUAAUUCCAAGAUCAUUUCGAAAAGACUUUCUUUAUUGACAGAAAGAGACUAGACUAUGAAUUGACCUCAGAAAAGCAUAAAGAAGGCCAGGAGGAGUGGAAAGCUAAAAAUUUGGCUGCUUACUAUCCAAACGCAGAGGAGAGAGUUCAAGUAGAAGUAUCACUACAGACCUUCAAAAAGCAAAUGAGUCUUCAUCCAGAUCUCUUCAAAGCCAGCUACGCUUCAUUCAAAAUGUGA